UAAAUCUGCCUUCGAAAGAGUUGGGUGCGUGUCAGUGGAUUCGAUAUUGUUUUCGUUAAAAUCGUAUUAAUUAAACUUUAGUUUUGUAUUUAAAGUUGACUUUAGUGCGAUAUAGCAGUGUUUCGGAGUUGUUUUUGGGUGUUUUUUGAAGUGCGACUUUGAGUGAUGAGUCGUAUCGACUAAUUCCUGGAAUGUCAAAAUCGCUAUAGAUGUUAUGAUUUCUUGUAAAGCUUGCGUGCGGCGCGCCUGAAGCGUGAUGUGCGCCCGACUGCUGCUGCUCGUCGCCGCCGUCGCCGCCGUCGCCGACGACCCCUCCUACUCGCUGGUGUACCCGCACCCCGCCGACGGGUGCACCGCGGCCGACGUGAGCGGCGGCCGACGCGCCGAGUGCACACUGCGCGCCGGCCGCGUCACGCUGCACGCCGACGCCGACGCUACUACGCUGCAGCUCAUCUGUGACGAUGAGCGCUCGUUCUCGUGCGCCGAGCUGGCGGCGGCGGCGCCGCUGCUGGCCCCGCAGCGCCCGGGCGGCGGCACGCUGAAGAUGCUGAAGAUCAGCAACUGCGCGCUGCCGGCCGAGCCGCUGCGCUGCGUGGCGGCGCUGCUGGGCGCGCAGGACGCGGCGCUGCUGUGGCUGCAGGACGUGCGCGGCUCGCUGCGCCCGCAGCACGUGCGGGGCCUGCGCGCGGUGGAGAGGCUGAGCUUGUACUACGCCGACGGAGAGAACUGCACGUCGGUGCCGUACUCGGCGCUGGCGCUGCUGCCGGCGCUGCGGCGGUUCACCAUGCGGCGCGGGGCGCUGGUGCUGGGCGGGCCCGGCGCGCCGCUGGGCGGGCUGCGCGCGCUGGAGCUGGCCGUGGGCGCGCUGCGGGCGCUGCCGGCGCGCGCCUUCGCCGACACGCCCGCGCUGCAGUCGCUCGCGCUGUGGAGCAACAGCAUCGACAGCGUCCACGGGGACGCGCUGGCAGGUCUCAGUUCCCUGGUGAACCUGAGCCUCAACUCCAACCAGCUGGAGACGCUGCCGGAGCGCCUGUUCCGGCCCACGCCGCGCCUGCAGCGCCUGGACCUGUACGACAACCGGCUGCAGACGCUGCCCGCCGGACUGCUGCAGGGUUUGCAGCACUUGACACAUGUCCUAAUCUUCGAGAAUAAAGCAACGCUGCAGCUGUCUCCAAGACUCUUCUCCAACCUCCCAGCCCUGGAACACCUGGAGCUGAAGACCAGUUCCAUCCACACCUUGCCAGCAGACCUGUUCCUCAACACCACCAAUAUACAGGAGCUGUAUCUGUCAGGGAACCAGUUGACUUCCAUACCCGAGGGUAUAUUCCAGGGCUUCGUCAGAUUGAAGACCUUGGAUUUGAGCAGGAACAAGCUGGAAGCUGUUCACAAGGGCGUGUUGAGCCAGCUCAAAGUGCUUGAAAAUUUGGAUUUGAGGGGAAACAAAUUGAAGGUGCUUCAUGAGGAGGUGUUCGCUGGAUUGGAAGGGUUGAAGGUUCUACAUUUGGGGGACAAUUUGUUAGAGGCUCUCGAUCCGUUGGUGUUCCAUGGCUUGUCUGCACUGCGCCAGCUGUACCUGCCCGGGAAUAGAAUCCAGGUCCUCCACAAGGAGACAUUCCGACCCGUGAGAGGGUUAGAGACGCUGGACCUGUCGAGCAACAACUUGUCCAUCUCGCGGCAAGUGAACACGCAGCACUUCAUGUCGACCGAGCUCCACGCGCAGUACAUGCUCGACAACUCCAGUGUGCCGGUGGAGCAGGGCGAGUACCACUCGCCGCUGCGCGAGCUGCGCGAGCUGGUGCGGCUGGACCUGCGGCACAACCGCGUGCGGCUGCUGUGCGACGACUGGCGCGGCUUGCUGCGGCUGCGGCAGCUGCAGCUGGCUCACAACCACCUCACCGAGCUGAAGGGAAUUGAUAUGGAGUUCCUGUCCACCACGCUGAAAGUGGACCUGACGCACAACCGCAUCGCGCACUUCGAGCCCUUCGCCACCGCCUCCGCCACCUUCCAGCUCGACCACAACCCCUUCGUCUGCGACUGCGAGCUCUACCCCUUCGCGGACAUGCAGCUGAGGCACACCCUCCCGAAGGGGAUAGAAAUCAACAACGCUGAAUGUGCGGACCCACCCUUACUGCGUCACACGCGCCUCGCGGACUUGCACCCUGACCAGCUGUCCUGUGCAGCCUCCCCCUGUAACGAAGGCUGCAGCUGUGAGCACAGACCGGCCAGAAACAGAACCGAUGUCAAUUGUGUAGAACUACCCGCAAACUUAACCUUUAACCCGAACACGCGUCUCCGUUUAACGAGACUCACUGAUUUAACUAAACUCCCCCCCCACGUAAAGUAUCUAGACUUGUCCGCGCUAAAUUUGACCGAAAUCCCCAAAAUAACACAACCCAUAGAAAUAGAUUUGACCGACAAUCACCUGAACGCGAUUCCCAUUGAUUUAUUAAAACUGAACUGUAUCAUUCAUUUUUCAAAUAACCCAAUAGGUUGUACGUGCAAUAAUAAAUUGAAUUUGGAGUUUUUGAAACAAAACAACCAUUUGGUCAGAGAUUAUUACAAUUUAACGUGCGAUAAUGAUCUUUUGCUAUCCGGAUUAGACACGGACAGCUUGUGUACAGCGCGAGACUCGACCAUCAUUGGAUGCACGAUAGCUUUCAUAGGCGUCUUUAUCGCUGUGGCGACUGCGAUCGCGUAUCGAUACAAGACUUUAAUAAGGAUAGUUUUACGGAAAAUCGGUCUCUGGCGUGUAGAGGAAGAGAUAGACGACAAAUUGUACGAUGCGUUCAUCUCUUUCUCGCACCAAGACGAAGCCUACGUCAUCGAUACAUUGGUGCCCAAACUAGAGAGUGGUGUGAGACCUCUGAAACUCUGCCUGCAUUACCGGGAUUGGGUGAUAGGAGAUUUCAUCCCCUCCCAAAUUUCGAAGUCAGUGGAGACCUCCAGGAGGACAAUAAUAGUGUUGUCUGAACACUUUUUGAAGUCAGUUUGGGCUCAGAUGGAGUUCAGAGCGGCGCACGGCAGAGAGAGACUCUUGAUAUUGAUGCUAGAGGACCUCUCGAAGUGCAAGGACUUGGACCCUGACUUGCGCGCCUACAUCUCUGUCAACACAUAUGUCAAAGCUGACGAUCCGUUGGUAUUUGACAGGUUGAAGGAUGCAGUUUUAACAAAAACGAGGAAUCUUGUCAAACCUCCCAAAAAUGUGGACAAUUCCCCCAAAAUUGUUGACAAUACCCUCAAAAUCGUUGAUAAUGUCACAAAAAUUGUUGAUAAUUCUCCCAAAAUUGUUGACAAACCGACUAGACUUGACGUGACCUUGGUCAACGGUCAAUUGGUCAAUAAUGCGUUGCCGUCUUGAUUUACACUUCCUCGAUUUGUCAAAGCUGAGAGUUUUCAGCCAAUGCGAUGGAGUAACUAUGGAGUUUAUUUGGCUUUAAGUAAUAAAGUGUUUUUUUUUUCAACAUCCAAACUUUAUAGACGGAGAGCCAGCGACAACUAGACCUUCGUCAUUUUAUAAAAGUUAAAAGUUUGUCGGCUCAUGCGCUUACUAUAAAUGAAUACUGUAACCAACGAGUUUGAACUGUGGUGGCUUUAGGAGAUAGCAGGUUUCGAGGAUCCAGACCCUCAACCACUGAAGUAUAUUUUGUUUAUAUUGGAGUUUAGUCCUUAAGAAUCGAUAUUUCAUAUAUAGCCCCGGUAUGAAAAAUAUAUGGGCAGUAAAAUUCGAUGAACGAAUGACAGCUUUACGUUUUGUGCGCAACCUAAUCACGCUGUUUACGCUGGCCUGCUGCUCCUCGGUUGCGCACCUUUCACUUUUCAGGCGUAGGUAUUGAGACGUACACAGUGUAUGCUGCGGGACAACAUACAUUAUUUAGACAGUCGAUCUGAAAGAGUAAACUCCAUUCGUGCGUCGGAGCCGACACACACUUUUUAUCGGCAUAAUAUAAGAAAUUAUAACCUUCGCUAGAGACCAUUUAAGUUUUAAAUUAAAUAGUGUUUUUCGAAGGGUUGCCGCGAAGCUAAGUGACUGGCGACUGGAAAUACAAUUACUCAUAUUAUGCCGAGGAAAUCAUGAAAAAAAUUCACUUUAUACUUAGACCGUUGAAGGUCUGGAUCCUUAAAACCUGCUACCUCCCAAAGUCACCACGGUCUAAGUUCCAUAAUUGGCUACCUUACUUAUGGUAGGAGCAUGAGCUGACAAACUUGCAACUUUUAUAAAAUGACGAAUGUCUGGAGUUCACAAGCUCUUAGACUAUUAUAGUUAAAGUGUAGCAUGGGUACGGUGACAGUCGCCUGUAUGACGCUCAUAAUACUAACUGUUAUCUUAAAUCGCGGCACACUUUCAAGAGUGAAACGAACUGUCACCGCACCAUGCUACAUGAAACGAACUGUACUGUGCUUAUCAAUGGUAGACGCAGAGCUGACAAACUAUCAGCUUUUAUAAAAUGUGGUUAUUGCAAGCUAGUCCACAAGGCAUAACUGCGAAUCUCAAAAUGUCUCCUUUUCAAAAAUAUUUUUGUAAACUUUGACAUUAAGAUAUUGGAGCAUUAUAUCAUGUCAUAUAUUACAACUAGACUAUGACAGUGAAUCGCAUAUGAUACACGAGUUUUGACAUUCAUUUACAUAUGAUUCAUGUAUCAUAUGUGAUUCACAAGGACAAUCAGUCAAUGGCUGUAUUGAAUUUCAAAAAGAUACCUAGAAUCUCGAUUGUUUGAUUUAUAUUAAUCGAAUUUCGAAUUUAUACAUAAACUUAUUUGUAUUGAAAUUUACUAGUUUAUUUUUUUGAUUUUUUUUUUAAAUGAUGGUGAUAAGAAAAUUCGUUUACUUAAAACUAAAGUUGUAUAGUCUUAAAUGAUUAAAUAAACCUCGAAAAUGGAAUCUCUUGUAUAUGCUCGGAAGUGUUUUCCAUAACUUCAAGGUGUUGUCGAGUCCACUUAUAAGAGCCGAACUGCAUAACUCAUAUUUUUUUAACUCAUCAUCAUCAUCACAUCAGCCGAUGGAGUCCACUGCAGGACAUAGGCCUUUUGUAAGGACUUUCAAACGUCACGAUACUGAGCCGCCUGCAGCCAGCGAAUACCUGCGACUCGUUUGAUGUCGUCAGUCAAUCUGGCGGGGGUAAUUAUUUUAACUAAAAAAAUAAAAAAAUAUAUGUUUUCAUACAAAGUAAUUCAAAUAAUUCCGACUAUCCAUGUAACACUCGCCUUUAUCUAUCCUUGCAUUUUAAAAUACGUAAAACUUGGCUACGUCAUAAUUAUAAGGAUGCAUAAAUGGGAUAUAUUUUAAGAUCUAUUUACAAAAGAAAUAUUAUUUAUCCGAAAAAAAUUGAUUUCAGAACACAUGUUUCUUAAACACUUUUAAUUAAUUUUCCUUAAAGAAUAUAAUCCUAGAGUUAUGGAAAAUACUCCCGAGCACCCUGUAUAAGUCCUUCAUAUUUCUCUAUAAAAUAAAAUAAUUUACAUAUAUUGACAUUGACAAUGAGUCAUAUGUGACUCACGCAUAUCAGUGACGUCACGAACUGAUCGUUGUAUGUAUCUAUAAGUCUACAUGGUGCCUUUAAACUAGAUGUAUAUAGUUUAUAAUAAAACACUCGUUGCCUCGAUUAGCUGAAGAAAAACCUAGAUUACUUACCUUAUUUUUCGAGCUUAACAUUAACCUUCGUCGCUUCGACUACAUUAACACCAACCUUCGUCGCUUCGACUACGUUAACACCAACCUUCGUCGCUUCGACUACGUUAACACCAACCUUCGUCGCUUCGACUACGUUAACACCAACCUUCGUCGCUUCGACUACGUUAACACCAACCUUCGUCGCUUCGACUACGUUAACACCAACCUUCGUCGCUUCGACUACGUUAACACCAACCUUCGUCGCUUCGACUACGUUAACACCAACCUUCGUCGCAUCGACUACGUUAACACCAACCUUCGUCGCAUCGACUACGUUAACACCAACCUUCGUCGCUUCGACUACGUUAACACCAACCUUCGUCGCUUCGACUACGUUAACACCAACCUUCGUCGCUUCGACUACGUUAACACCAACCUUCGUCGCAUCGACUACGUUAACACCAACCUUCGUCGCAUCGACUACGUUAACACCAACCUUCGUCGCUUCGACUACGGUAUGUAAUAAUGGGGACUGGGGGGUGUUAUUUAAAUAAAACGUGUAUAUAUUUUAAAGUAGAGUAUUUAUUUAUCAUAUUUCUUAUGUUUAAAGCAACUAAUGUGUAAUUAUUAUCUAUCAAUCAGCCUUUGAAAACGAUCGUUGUUUCAUACAAAAUGAACACAAGUAACAUUUUAAAAGUUCGUACACAAUAUAAAAAGUAACCAACGUAAAAUAUUUAAAAUAAUAAGUCUUGAAAACAAAAAAAAAACGAAAAUUUUGGUUAAAAACUACGAACUUAUACAUUUGUGGUUGACGUUAUGUUUGUGUUCCUCGCACAACGAUUUUUAGUCAGGCCGUCGUCGUUCUUAGCGUAUGUCUACCUCCCUACCUUUCAUAUUUGUAUGUCAAACUGUUUUCGAUAUUUGUAAAAAUAAAAAAACACGUGUGCGUCUCAGGAAGCUUAACACAAGUUAUAACUGAAACCUGCUGUCGUAUACGUGAGAGAAAGGGAAGCCAGACAGAGUGGCGCCGUAACGCGUUACGUUACGAAACGGCUUAUAACCUAUAGGGUGCUUCUACCGCUAAUCGAGGCGACGCGUACAACUGCCUACAGAGCAAUAAUUUUAUGUAAAGAUAUGAUAUAAUUGUUAUAUACUUAUAAUGUGCUAUUUUAGAACUAAAUAAUUAAUUAACCGAUUUCAAAAAUGGAGGAGGAUCUCAAUUCCACGCGUUUUUUUUAAUGUUUGUUACCAAAUUUGAAAAUUUCUCUUAUGUUUGAAAGAGUACUUCCUGAUUGAUCCCAUUUAAUUUUCACGAAAAUCGAUUCUGUCAUUUUGUGUUAAAAUUAAAAUAACUAAAUUGGCCGUACUUGUAACCGCCUUCAAAUUGAUCAGAAGGUAGCACUACUAGUAGUAGGUAGGUAGGUAGUUUUCCACUUUUUAGUUCAUUUUUGUGAUUUUGAAGUCGGUUGAAUUUUUUUGUUAAAAAGAUUUUAGAAAGACUAAUGCUUCAACCAUAGAUACGGUAGACAAUUAUAAAGUUUGGACUAUGGACAGAACAGGGAAUAUAUUCAUUUAUUGUCAUGUAAAUAAGGUCAAUAUUAAUUAAUUAACCCGACUGCGUCAGAAGGAGGGUAAUGUUUUACGAGUGUAUGUAUGUAUGUCCAUUUCUUUGGCAAGGAUUUUGACAUAUAAGGUGUCAUUGAGCUCGUCAGAACUGUGGUAGUGACAUAGGUUAUAUGAAUUUUCAAAAUAUAUAAAUUUUAAAAAGGGUGGGUUUUUUACCUUAUCCUAACAAUAUGGGUAUCAAAUGACAGGUCGUAAAAAGAGCAUUUCAAAAAUAUAUAUAUUAUAUAUUAUAGUUUUAACACAAAUUAUCAAAAAGCAUACCAAUUAUAUUAGAACCAUCGAAGUAAAAUUUACUAACUAAAAUGUAUUCAAGUCCAAAAUGACUUUGUCUGUACUUCAGGUUUUUUGUUUUUAUUAUAUUUUUUUAUAUAUAUUCAUUAGUUAAUAUUGACCCUAUUUACCCGAAUGUCUCUUAAAAAUCAAUAUAUUGAAAUCUAUUCAUCAUCCCCAUUGUCCACCAGUCCACAGGUCUAAUUGUCUAUUUUUUUUUCUUUAUUUACAAGUUAGCCCUUGACCACAAUCUCAUCUUAUGGUAAGUGUUAAUGCAAUCUAAGAUGGAAGAUCCAAACAGACCCCUCUCAUUCUGAGAGGAGACCCGUGCUCAAAAAUGAGCAGAAGUUUAGUUGAUAAUGAUGUUAUUAUCUGCCUGUUGCUAAGAAACGGUUUUUUAAUAAACGGGUUUCAAUGCCACACGUCUCUCUCUGUAUUACUAAUUUAGGCUUUUUUAUUUUGUGCUGACGAUUUAUAUAGUGUUGUCUGUACUAAAUACAAAAUGUCUUCCAGCACUAGGACUUCAAGGAUCUGAUUCAUACGAACAUACAUGUUUAAGUUUUUAGUAUAUAAAAUGUUGUAAUUUUAGUACAUUUACAAAAUUAAACUAUUUAAAACUAUUUUGUUUUUUUUUAA